AUGGCACCCAAGAAGCCAGUAAAAGAUACAAAUGACGAGGAUUACUGGCGAACUUGCAUUGAAGAAGCGUCCUUGGAUGAUGAUACAUGGAAAGUUAAAGUAAUUAUUUUAGAAGCAGCUGGUAGUGAUCAAGAUAGACUAUAUUUAAAUAAGUUUGAAGUGUAUGCGGCAGAAGAAAGGCGGUUCGUCAUAAAAAAUAUAUGCAAAACUGAGACAAUAUUCAUGGUCAAUCAACUUGGUGGUGAAAAAAAAGUUAAGGAUGAGAAUCUUCGCGUAUUUGAGGAAGGGCAGUCUUACUUAAAAGAUAAGAGGGAUAUUCCACCAGACAUUCUAGCUUUAAUUGUUAAAAAGCUGAUUCUUAAGAUGAAAGAUGAAUAUCUCUUUAUUAAAAGACAAAGGUUGGAGGUGAGGGAGGGAAUGAAAAGAGAGUCUCAUACUAUGAUAGGGAGAGCAGAAGUAAGGGGGACAGUUAUUGUUAAGCCGCCAGAACCAGUUGAACCUCCACCAGAACCACCCAAAGGAAAAGGUAAAAAGGGAGAACCGGAAAUACCGGAGCUGCCUCCUGUAGACGAAGGAAAGAAAUAUAAUACAUUGCUUCGAGUUAGAGGUGAAGAAUGGAGGGAUAAAGUUUAUGUAGAUGAUUUUCCCACCGAUGGCCCCAACCUUUAUGUUGCAGUGACAGGCUUUGUUGAACCAUAUCUUGCAGAGAGUCUCAUUAAAAUUGGAAUACCUUUAACAGCUGUUGUACAAAUUCGUAUAAAUCCUACGGAAGUAAGAGUACCGUCAAGUUUAUUUCGAGCGACGAAACGUGGUCAAAGUCAAACAGACGUUUUAAUUGAGAAAUCACUGAAGUUUUGGGAAGACUUGCAACAAUUAAGAAUACAAAAGGAUUCUGCAGAUUAUUUUAAAGGUACGGCGUUUUUAGUUUACUCACCUCCUUAUUGGGAUAACGAAAACUUAUCAGGUGAACCAGAAAAAAUUUAUGACGAGUUGUGUUAUUUGAUGUAUGACAUUCAAGACUUGUCAAGGCAACACGUUCAUUACUUGGACAAUGUGGAUAUUUUUAGUGUGCCUGAAGAUGAGAAGGAUAAACGUUUCAGUAGCUAUUAUAAUCAGUUAGCUGAAGACGUACCUUUAGAGUGCAUGGUCAUGUGCUCUGUUUUGGAUAAUAUACUACAGACAGUUUGCAACAGCGAAAACUUUGGCGAAGAUAGCAGCCAGACUUCAUUAUCUACCGCUAUGACAUUAAACCAACCACAAGAGAAUUCCGCAGAUGUUAAUAAGUCGGAGAGAGCAGAGUAUUUAGUAAAAGGCGUAUUUAAAGCUUUGUGUAGUGCUGACGCUAGGAACCAUUCGUAUCGUAUUAGUUACGGAGAAGAAUAUGAAAACCAUAAAAAUCCAACAGUUAUAAAUUUUGGGGACUUUGUUAAAUAUAACACCUUUCAUCUGGGGAAUUUAAACCUGGACAACUUAGUCAAGGGUAUGCUAUUAGGUAUGCCUAUAAAUAAACUGUGGUUUAAUUAUGACUAUCCCAGUGGUGAUAUAGAAGCAAAGAUUCAGUUUCAUGUUAAUGUCCUUUUAUCGUGCUUUGAAAGAAAGGACGUGGAAACUGUGGAAUUGAAUAGACUGUUACAUAUUUUAGCAUGUCGAAAGCUUUAUAAUAAUAGAAGCUCAUUAAAGAAGUUACACUUACCGUUAAAUACAAUAACAGAAUUUAAAAAGGUUUAUCUUAAACGCAGUAUACUUGCCGAACCACUACCAAAAUGCCCUUCCCUGUGUGAAAAGUGGAGCUCAACAACACUACCUUUUUCGUCGAUGCUCAAAAGUAAUGAAGAUAAUAUAAUACUAAAUGACGGUGACGAGGAAACGUGCCGUAUUAAGUUUCUCUUUGAAUGUCCUGAUAUAAGUGAACUAGUUUCUGCAGCCGAAAUAGCCACACAAAAGCCGAUAAACCAUAUUAUUGACGACUUUGAUUAUUUUGAAGACUUUACAGGCACCAUUGCGUUUCAAACAAUGUCGGACGCUUUUUACAAAUUUAAUUGUGUUGAUUACAAAUACUGCGAAGUGACAGAUUGUUUAAUAAUGAUGUUUUUUAAUAGCCACGAUUCCGACGGAAUAUCGCGUGAAGAAUGGCGGUGUCAUCUUCCAACACCAGUUUGUUUGCAAGACUUUUUUGACUUUGUUUUAGAAGAACAAUACGAUUGGAUUCAGAAAGAAGAGAUGAUUUACGACGAAAAAAUGGCUCUCAAAUCUGAAUCUGAAUGUAAAGUAUUAUGUCGAGAUUUGACUACUAAAUCCUGCGUUGAUAAUACUGAAGUGCACCUGGAGUUACUAAUGGAGGGAUCACUAAAACAUAAAGAAUUGAUUGCGGCUGAAGAUGCCGAACCAGAAGAAUCUGAAGAACAAAUUUCAGAAUCGAAGAAAACAACGAAAACAACCCCUUCUGAAUCUGAAAUGGAAUCUAAGGGUAGCAAGAAAGCCAAAUCUCCAACAGCAUCCACCCCUAAACCAUUGAAAAGUUUACAGACUACUACAUCUACGGUAUUAGAAAAAAUACCAGUAAAGCCUUUUUCUGGAUAUGACUUGGGUGACAGAAGAGUUGAAGUCUUUGGAAAAGACUCUAUAUUUUUCUCUCAAGAUGGCACCCGUAUUGUAACUGCCUACUCAUUAAUGAUCCCAAGCAAUCUGGAAAAUAUUACGUUAAAUAUAAUUCCAGGAAAUGGGAAUACUGAAUUCUGGAUGCAUAAAGUGUUAGGUGAUUCUAUCGCACAAGAAACUAUAGAUACAUGUGAAUCAUUUAGAAUUGUCAGUAAAAAUAAUGUUAUUAUAUAUGUCAAGAAACAAAACUAUGAAUCGCCGUUGCCUACAUUGACAGCUGUUUCUAUGGAUACUACAAAACCAAAAGAGAGCACAGUCAAAUCUCCACUGUCUUCUAAAUUAAGUAACGCAGUUCCUAUGUUCUUUGAAACAAAAUCGUUUUAUUCUCUUUUUGUAACUUGGCCAAAUGGCCUUAUUACGGAGACUGUUCAUGUCGACAACUCACAUGAAGUUUCACACGUAAAACAAUAUUUCAGCGGUAAUUCAAAUGAAUUAUUAAAAACCAAUGAAGAAAUGAGAUGCAUAAGUCUAAAUGGAGAGGUAAUUAUAUUCAAUAGAACGGGGAAUGUAGAAGUCUUACGACCUGAUGGUUCCUAUAUAAACGUAAUCAAGUGUGAAAAGCGACUUAUUUGCAAUGAGCCAGAGGAUAUUGCCAGUGAGGUUAGUUCUGACAAAGGUAAAAAAGGAAAGGGCAAAGAAAAGGAGAAAGGUAAAGUUAGCAAGGCUUCAUCUAAAUCCUCUAAAAAUGUUAUGAUCGAUGAUGACGAAUCUGAACUAAAACCGCCCCAAUAUGAAUUAGUAAUUGAAGAGUUUGAGACCAUUGAAGCGAAUGGCCUUAAAGAGAAAUGGAUUCAUGACAUUUCAUAUUUCAUGGAAAAACUACUCGUUCGAACUGCUACGGAUUAUUGUCUCGGUGAAGUCUUUUCGAGAAGAAUGGAUGGAACACAUAUUUUGUUAAAUAAGGAUGGAGUACAAAUCGUCACUUUUCCAAAUGGUACUAGAAUUAUUAGUAGAUAUUUUCUUGAAGAUGAAAUAUUCCCUGAAUGGAACGAAGAAGAACUACAGUAUUUUGCACUGUUAGAAUCCGAUUCAGGAGAUGUUGAUACAUUGAAAUCAAAGUUAUCUGAGUCUCAGAAGAGUAUUAAUUUAGAAGAGGCGGAAUAUAGUAGCAGUUUUGCAAGUGGCAUGUCGAAAAAAGUGGAAGAGGAAGAAAAGGUGGAGACAAAGGUCCGUACAGAUGGAUAUGUAUCUGUGCAAAUUUUAUACAUAAUCGAGCAUCCCAAUUUGACAACGGUGACCAUAAAUAAAUCUGAUGGAAAAGUUACCGUGGAUUCCCCUAAUGACACUAGCGUUACCGUAUGCAAUAACAACAACUUCGAAAUGGUUCUUGAUGAAGCUACAGUCGCCAAAUUCAACGGUGAAAAUUUAAAUAUAAAUUAUGAGGCCUGCUGUGAUUGCAAAUCGAAGACUACUUGCACUGUUAAGAUAAAAUGCGACGAAUUGUGCAGUGUCACACAAAUACACCGCUGUUGGCUCAAGAUGGAAGAUUCUUUUUCUAAGAAAAUCAUCGUUAAUGAUGAGGGCAAUAUUAGCGUUAGUACCGACGCAACUUCCGAAGAAGUUUUAAUCGUUGAUGAAACUUGUCCCAACGAGGAAUCACUUCAAAAGGAAAGUAAAAAGUCCUUACAAGUGAAAUCCGAGAGCUCGCUUCAGACGCAUGGAAAAUGUAACGAAAUGUACAAAGCGAAGAACAUGCGCUUUUUUGUGUUAAAGAGGGACCUGACGUGUUCGGAGUUAGUGCACCGCUCUGUUAUCGAAGAAUACAAGAGGGAAUGCCGGUGGCAACCGUGGUGCUCUAUCAACCGAUACAAUACGUUUGGCGAUCAUCGAAGUAUCGUGUCGAUGUUAACACCAGUUCACCGGACUGAAACUGAGAAAUGGUUAAUGGAGUCCAAGUUUGCGGAUAAACCGAAAUUCCUGACGUAUAAGGAUCUAAAAAAGGAUUGCGGUAAGGGCUUUUAUCAUUGGAUGAGGCCUUAUGGAAGGUUUGAACCGAAGCCGAAGAAACCGGACAAUGUCUUACCUGACAGGUUGCCCAGAGCUUACGUAUUUAGAGUUGUAGAGCAACAAUGGAAUGAGAGUGAGAGAGAAGAAUUGAAGGGCGGCAGAGAACUUUUGUACGCAAUAUUACGGUAUCGCAACGUGAUAGAAAAAGACAGUGAGACAAUUCUUAACAUUCCUAUCAUCGAUUUGCGACCAGAAGAUGAAAGGCGAACGGACAGCAUAAUACAAGCUAUAGCUCACAAAACUUAUGAAGAACUGAAAGUAAAAUUGGCGGAGGACGUUCAAAGUCGUGUGAAGAUGACGAUCACUACAAAACCUCUAAAGUUAAAAGAGGAAAUGUCCAUCGAAGGAGAAGCGGAGGAAGGGGAGGCAACAUUCAAGUCAUCAGAAGGCGAGGGUUCCAGCUUGAUACAAGAAGUAGCCGUGGUUGAGGAUAUGAGCUCAAACCUCAAACGAUAUUGGCGGCGUCGCGCCGAGGAGUUCAAAGAAGAACAAUUCUACCAGUAUCUUCUCCGCGAGGGUAGUGUUCCACCCUACUUCCGAAACGUGUUAGGAGGCGCUAUAUGGUGGGAGAUGAACAAUGCAGCUGGUGACGCAGCCAAUUUAGCUGAACGGAGAAAGAUGAAGUGCGCCUGUCCGGAUGAAGAGAAAUCCCCGACGGAUGUAACGCCGUUUAUGUAA